AAUCCUUGCGCCGCUAGCUCACAUCUGCACGAUAUUGUAUUUGGGCAUGGGGAAGCCCUGGGCGACGAACUCGAACGUCCACGAGACAUUACCUGGCCAUAGCAACGUCCAUGCCCAGCCCAGGUAAUCGUUGUAUAAAGAGUACUACGCGGUAUCCAAUACCACUUUGGAAGGGUGCGGCAGCCUGCUCGCGGACUUCAAUGGCUCGGACAUAAACCGUCGCAACUGGCCCUGGUCCGCCCGGCCUCCAAAAACAGGCGCCUGCCUCUUCUCACAGCCAAAGUGUCAACUGAAAUACCAAGCAUUGCGUACCAUGCACCAUAUUCACCAAAGUCUUCUGUAGUUGUUGUUGACCAGGCCGCGGACGACCGCCCGGCGAGAGGCCUAUUGAUCUCUGCAAGUCAGCACUCGGUCUAGGACGUUUUAUGCAACGUCUGGUCAUAGCGUAAUAGAGCCAGGGGAUGCCGCGUCCACUCUUCGCGGCUGUGCCGCUCGGUCUUUUCGCGCUGUCACUUGUGCUUCUCGCCGCUGCGGAGCUGUCCUCGGAUGGGAAAUCAACAGGCACCGAUGGCUUGUUACCAGAUGAUAGCAACUCUGGAAACCUCGCCAGCGGGGGCGCGGCGCGGCAGUUGGCAGCAGCUGCGCGCAGCCGCGGCCAGGUGCUGAGCUCCUCCAAUGGCUCGCCGGCCCCGCAGUGUGUCUCCUACAGCGGCGGCGACAGCGUGCAGCUGCUGUCCGCCUCCACCGGCGAGGUGGUUGGCUGGGCGUCGCUGGGCGCCGCCGCGCCCGCCUUCACGGCCGCUGACGACCCGAUGCUGCCAAACGUGACCGCGCCCAGCUACAGCUCGCAAGCCCGCGACCUGGCACAGCGCAACGCCAGCUACUCGGGCGUCUUCCGCAACCCCCGCAUGCGCUUCAACAUCAGUCUGCUGCCUGGACAGCUCUUUGCAGGCGCCGCCGCGCCGGCCGCAGCCGCAGCCUCCGGCCGCGGCGCCCUCCUCAGCAACAAUAACAACAACGGCCACGCGGGCGUGCACCAGCUCACCGCUGCGGUGCGCGACCCCGGCACCGCCAACCUCCGCGCCUACACCUUCACCGACCAGCCCAGCUCCUGCCCCAUCGCGGAGAUGCACUUUGCGCAGGAGGCCGCGCUGCCCUGCGCCGCCACCGCCGCCGCCGUGGACGUCGACCUGCCCGCGCUCUUCGGCUGCAAUGCCGGCGCCAACGGCGGCCAGCCCUUCAGCAUGGGGCUCUUCCUGCAGCUGAGCGUGCGCACCGCCGCCUCAGCAAACCGCGCCUGCGCCGCCAGUGCCGCGUCACUGGCGUCGACGUCGCCAUCGGCCUGGAGCUGGGCAUUCGGACAGGAGGCGCCCGUGGAGGUGGCGGGCAGCAGCGGCGUGGCGGUGGAGGUGGAGGAGGGAUUGGAGCAGCGGCCCGAGUGCGCUGUUUUUGAGGUCGUGGUCACCUGCAACCCCGCCGCCUGCGGCGACGCCAGCCCGCCGCCGCCCUCGCCUGAGCCGCGGCCGCCGCGGCCGCGGCACAACAUGCCCGUCGCCGAUGGCGCCACCCGCUCCCCGCCUCCUGCGCCGCCGCUGCCGGCACCGCUUGCGCCGGCCCCUGCGCCCCUGGCGCCGUCGCCGCCCUCGCCCCGCAGUCCGCCGCGUCGGGUGCCCGGUGCCAGUGGCGGCGCACGUGCGCCGCCCAUGCCGCCGUUCCCUGUGGUGGACUUGGAUUCCUCCUCGCCGCCCCAGUACCCGCCCCUCUCCGUGGCGGACGGCCCACUGGCAGCCGACGUCCGCGCGCCGCCGCCCUCGCUGGCUCAGACUGGCCACAGCCUUCCCGCCCCUGCACCAGCCCCUGCACCGGUCCCGCAGCCCGCUCCCAGCACCCCUGCUACAACCAGCAGCUCCACUCAGCCCCCUGCCGCGCCCAGCCCUGAAUCGCCCAAGGUUAUCGUCACCUUCAUGCCGCCGCCGCCGCACCGCACCACCGAGGGCGGCGGCUUUGGCGGCGGCUCCGCCGGCACCAACGUCGGCGGCGGCUUUGGCGGCAGCCGUACCGCUACCGUUUCGGGUACGACCGACGGCGGCGCCGCCGCUUCCACCACCACUGACAGCAGUGCCGGCAGCGGCAGCGGCAGUGGCACCAUAAAGCCGACGGCCAUUGCCGGCAUCGCCGCGGGCGCGGCCGUGGCUGGCGUGGCGGUCAUUGGUGUGGCCGCCCUGGUCAUGUCUGGCAAGGUCGCAGCCCUGUUCGCAGCCACCGGAUCAUCCGCACUCGCCGCCAUCACCGCCGGCUGCGGCAUCACCGGCGCCAGCGCCGCCGUCGCCGCCGGCACCGGCGGCGGCGCCAACGCCGCCGCAGCGGCGGCUGGCGGUGACGGCUGGUACUUUGCCUUUGGGCGUCGCUCCACGGUCGACAGCGAGGCCUCCAGCGAGGCUGACCCGCACAGCACGCGUGUCAGCAUGAACGGCGCGUACGACGGCGCGGCGGCGGCGGGCUCGCCCGGAGGCGCCAGCGCCGCCACCGCCAGCAGCGGCCACACGGCCUGCUCCGGUCAGGAGCCGAUGGUGGCGAUGCUCAUGGCCAGCAUCUCGCUGCCGCUGGCGAAUGACGGCCGGCAGGAGCUUUGGUAAAAGAUCCCCACGCCCGCAAGCUUGCAUAAGGUUUGAUGUCUUUGCAGCUGCGGCGGCAGGGGGAUGCAACACGCACGUAUUCUAGCGGCAGCUGCGCAACGCGGCACGGCCUGGACAUGACCAGUCGGCAGCGCCACUGCGCGUUUUUGCAGCACUAUUUGUUGGGAAUGUAUUGCGGAUGGGUUGGGAUACGUGUGAAGUGUGUUUAGUCUUGAGAGCACAUGGAUGGGAAGACAUCGAGGCUACCGUAGUUUUCUCCGCGUUGAUAAUGCUGUAGUGCUACACUUGCCCUAAAUGCGCGCAUUGGCGCGUCUGCCCGUGCACCCAAUCUGCGGGUGGCAUAAGGACUAAUGCCUGUGACGGGAGAUGAGUCAUUGACUCUCCCAUUUAGAGCAUCUAGGCGUUCGGGUUUUGAAAUGCCGCGUGUGCUGAUAAUGAUAAUGGGUUUCGAUGUUGUGGCACGAACCCAAUUGAUCCUAGCCCGGAGAGCGAUACCGCCUCUUCUUAGGUGCAUUUGGCCAUGGGUUGAUUCGUUGAUUCAUACACGCAUUGCUGCAUUAGACUUGACUGAAAGUUGUUGGCGGGUUGGUGUUACUAGGCUGCACUUGGAGGAGUUGAUUACUGGUAACGAUGCAAACUGCAUCGCUUAGACCUCUAGAUCACUAGCCGCAUAGCGGGGUGGCCCGUCGGGUAUCUUGAGCGUGUCAACGAUUCGCAACACGCGCCCGUCAAACAGGUCUGCCCGUCAAUGUAUGUUGUCGGGUACGUUGCAUCUGUUCGCAAAUGCAGAUGCAUGCAUCGUAGUGAUGAGACUGAACGGCACUGUACGGAGUGCGGUAGGCGGCUGCCAUGAGGACAGCGCGCACAUCGGAUGUCGGGGUAGCUGAAGCACCAACAAGCAUGGACACCUGCAGCGCGCGCCCUCAAGCGCUCAAGAGGUGUUUUUGUAACAUUCUGGGGUA